AUGGCAAAAAUUGUAAAUCAAGAAAGAGAAGGUCCUAUUUCUGGUACACCGACAAGUUAUGUGGAUAUUUACCAGAAAUGCUGGUCCCCUGAACCAAGCCUACGUCCAGAAUUAGACGUUAUUUUAGAGAAUCUUAUCACGCUAUCUAACGGUAUUCAUUGUAAUUUCAUUAUCACAAAUGGAGUAGAUGAUUUAUCGGAUUUGCUAGAUAGAUUAUUUUACAACCUUUCCAGUUUGACAAACAGUGGAGUAGAAUUUUCACAAAUUUCUAAAAAAAUACAAGUUCUUAUUAGUGAAGAAGACCAAACGGCACGAAAUAUAUUUGAUCUUUUAUGUAUAAGAACUGCAUUUAAUAUGUUCAAACAAGCUAAAAAUGGAAAUACUAUGGCAAAAUUUUAUUUCGGUGAAUGUUAUAGGAAUGGCUAUGGAACUAUAAAAAAUUUAGCGAGUGCUAAGCUAUGGUAUAAAGAUAUAACGGAUGAAUGUGCAAGAGCUGCUAAUUCUUUAG